AUGACAGCGGCUCUCAACAGGUUUAUUAGCCGCUCAUCAGAUAAAUGCCAUGUCUUCUUCCAAACUCUUAAGAAGCAAAGCCGACGAAGUUUCAAGUGGACGGAAGAUUGCGAUGCAGCCCUCACCGAGCUGAAAUCUUAUCUUUGUUCGGCCCCUCUUCUCGUCAAACCAGUAGCUUUUGAAACUCUCCAUCUCUAUUUAGCUGUCUCUCCACAUGCCGUAAGCUCGGCACUUGUCCGACGGGAAGGCCUUGAAGACCAACCAAUCUGCUUUACUAGCCGAACCUUACUCCUAGCACAGACUAGAUAUCUACCAUUGGAGAAGCUUCUUCUAGCAUUGGUUACAGCAGCUCGAAAAUUGCUCCCUUAUUUUCAAGAGCACCCCAUCAUAGUCCUCACGGAGUUUCCACUUAAAAAUCUCUUGAGGAAGGCCGACCUAUCAAGCAGAGCCCAAGUAUUGGCAGACUUCAUUGCUGAAUUCACCCCAGGAAGCCCGGAUGAAGAAACAUUGGUCAAGCCUAAUUAUGGGAUGCUAGAACAACAAGAGGCUCGAAAAACUUGGAACUUAUUCAGCGGAGACGUUUGGAAGUUACACGUUGAUGGGGCAUCAAACAGCAACGGCGCGGGUGCAGAGGUUGUCCUUCUGAUCGUCAAUCAAGUAACAGGUGAUUAUGAAGCUCGGGACCCAAGAAUGAUAAAGUAUCAGGCUACGGCUCUUGAGCUAAUCCGAGGGUUAAAGGGAUUCCAAAUCGAACAGAUCAACAGAGAGAACAACGCUCAUGCCGACGCUCUUGCAAGUUUGGCCUCGGCAAGCAAAGCAUCAGAAUACAGACACAUCAGUCUCGGCGAGAUCCACCAGCCAAGCUUCGAGGUCUCGGAAGAAGUGUUCAGCAUUUCCCUCGGCCCUAGUUGGAUGGACGAAAUCGUCUCGUUCCUCAAAGAUGAUACGCUACCCUCCGACAAAAAAGAGGCCCACCGUGUACGCAGCAAAGCAGCCUACUAUUGGAUCUCUGAGCACGGCCAACUCUACAGGAAAAACUUCACUGGGCCAUAUCUUCGAGUUGUUCACCCAACCGAGGUCCCAAUUAUUUUGACUGAACUCCACUCUGGAAGCUGCGGUUGUCACUCUGGCGGGCGUUCCCUCUGUCAAAGAGCUCUCAGUCAAGGAUACUUCUGGAAAGGAAUGAAGAAGGAUUGUGAAGAAGUAGUCAAAAAGUACAAACCUUGCCAACUUUUUUCUCCUAUACCAAGGCAGCCCGCUCAAUCUCUCAAACCUAUCACUAGUCCCUGGCCCUUUGCUCAGUGGGGCUUGGAUAUAGUUGGCAAACUUCCAACUACCCUUGGGGGCUUCAAGAACAUCGUCACGAGGUUCGGCGUGCCUUAUGCAAUUGUUUCGGAUAAUGGCUCCCAAUUCGUCGGCAAAGAGUUAACUAGACUCUGUGCUGAAUUCGGAAUUAGAUUCUUCAAUUCAACCCCAUCCUACCCCCAAAGCAACGGCCAGGCCGAAGCCACAAACAAGACUAUCUGCGCUGGCAUCAAACGUCGGCUAGACUCUAAACGAGGAAAAUGGGCCGAAGAACUGCCUAGGGUCCUUUGGGCCUAUCGCUCCACUCUCAGACGCUCCACUGGCCAAACUCCCUUUGCAAUGGCCUUCAGCAUGGAGGCUGUCAUUCCACUUGAAUCCAGGUUCCCAACCCUCCGCACUGAAACUUUCGAUCCAGAAACCAACAAUGAUGCAGUCGCUACCGAGCUUAUUUUGGCCGAAGAAAAGCGAGACGAUGCCCAGCUCAAAUUAGCUAACUAUCAGCAGGAAGUCGCUCGGGGAUACAAUCGAAGCCUCGGCAUUCUAACCAUUACAACUACGUUCGGAUUUCUAAAUUGCAAACACAUUAUGGCUCGGACAACUUGA